CUUUUACUUACCUUGUUAUAUGCAAUGGAAUUCUCAACCUUUCAAUAUUAUCAUAUGUAUUCUUUGUUUAAUGAUGACUUUGGAAGUAACAGUAUCCAUAAUUUCAAGUCAAAUAAUACAUUAAAUUAUUUGAAUGAAGAUAAUGAAACUUAUCUAUAUAGUUUUGAGACUAGCAAUGCCACUGAUAAUUUGACCAUUGAGAAUCAUUCCUACAAUUUUCUGGUUAAUAAUGAAGCUAAAGACAAAUCUAGAAACGAUGAUACUACCAGUGUUCAAUAUAAAGAAUCUGAAGACGAAAAUGAAAGGUUACAUAAAUUAGAACUAAAUGAAGGUAUGGAAUUUGAUACGUAA